AUGGCCGACGCCUACGGGCGCGAAGAACAAAACAACGCGCUCCUCUCGUCGCUCUCCGCAAAAACUUCGGCGCUGAAACACAUCACGCUCGACAUCUACGACAAUGCGCGCAGCCAGGGCACGCUGGACAACACGAACGAAGUGUUCAGCAGCAUGAGCACCAACCUCCGCGGCAGCGCGGGCCGGCUAACCCGCAUGGCGCGCCAGGGCGACAAGGUGGCCGUGCUGAAGAUCGCCGGCGUGGUCGUGGUGGCCGGUCUGCUCGUGUGGUGGAUUGGCGGCUGGAUAUUGGGCCUGUUCUUCGGGCGGUGA